AUGAGCGGUGCGGGAGGAGCCGGCGGACCGGCCGCGAUCACGCUGGAAGAGCUGGACGGGCUGGCCGAGGAGAGCCCCGACUCCGCGUACCACAGCCACGGCAGCAGCCUGGAGGAGGAGGCGGCCGAGCGCAUGGACGAUGAGGAGCAGGAGAGGCUGCUGAAUUACUGGCAGAGCGUGGGCCGGGGGCACCAGGUGGAUGUGCCCCGCGAUAUGGCAGAGCCCAUCCAGCAGCUGACCAGRAAUAACAACCCCCAGGAGAGACAGAGCAUCCCCUUCACGCUGAUCCAGCGCAAGGAGAAGCUGGGAGAUCUGCUCUAUGAAAAGAGGCAAUAUGGGAAAGCCAAGUGGGCCUGUAUAAAAAUGAAAGAGAAGCAGUAUGAACAGAGCAUCUGCCUCGGAUUCAUGAAGCUCAUGAGGUACAUUUGUGAGCAGAACUCCUCAGGGCUGUACCUGGGCAUCACGGUGCCCAUCGUGACCAUCGUGCACACGGACGAGGCGCAGUCGGCCAUGAGGCAGGCGGUGACAGUGGCCUAUUACCUGCCCGAGGUGCUGCAGGAUGAGCCCCCACACCCUUUUGACUCGGAUAUCAUCAUCGAGGAGUGGCCUGCCACCAUUGUSUACAGCAGGAGCUUCCGAGGGAUCACCAACGAGGACUCCAUCAUGAGGGAGAUCAGCCUGCUGGCAGCAGUGCUGGAGAGCCCCGAGCUGUGCCUGCGCGACACCUUCAUCAUCGCCGGCUACACCAACCCCGCCGCCGCCAACCGCCACAACGAGAUCUGGUUCCUGCAGCGACCCUGAGCUCUGCCCUGCUCCUGCUGCCCCAUGGACCCUGCUGCUGCUGCCUCAGCCCCACAGGUGAAUGGGGGCAGCCCCAAAAUGCUCCCGAGUGGGGCUUUUGGCUGGGUUAGGGUGGCUCAGCCCAGCUCAGCCGCCAACCCGCGGUCACACCCCACACACGGAUCCCUAGGGCAGCCUGACAGCUUUUCCACUAUUUUAACAGAGGGUUUUAGCACUUGCAAAGCUAGUUCACCUUAUCUUUCUAUCUACAAGGUAAGGGAGGCACAGACCUCUCCCUUCAUCUGUUUGUUGGCAUCCCUAGACUGCUUGUGGCUCCCUGGGGACACCCUGGGGACACCUUGGAGCCCUGGCCUGCUCUGGUGCUGCACAAACCCCGCUGGGGCUCUCAGUGGGAACACACCAAACCCACCUCACCCAGGCAGAGAAAGAAUGUGCAGGUGCUGGUUCCUGAGGAGAACCAGCAGAUUGAGCCCACUGGGAUCAGAGCAGGGAGCUGGUGCAGAGAGCUGUGCACAGACACUCCCAGUCUUACCUCACACAGCACCCAACCAAAGCACCCUGAGGUGCACAGGACACCAAAAUAGCACAGCAGUCCUGCUGCUAUUCCAGUGUUGGGGUUCCCUUCRUCCCCUGAAAGGCUCUGGCAUUGCUAAGGAGGUUGUUUUUAACUCCAGUUCCCCCAGCAGUUUCUCCUCCUGGUUUGCUGGAUGUCAGAACAUUGUUCAGUACUCGUGGCACUCCCCUGGCACUGCCACGCUAUUAUUGAUAUAAAUGACACAAAUAUUCACAGAAACACAGCAAAUCUCAGCCAGGAGUGAGAAAAAGUGCUGGGAGAAGAGCAGGCAGAGCUGGCUGUUCCAGUAUCACAGCUGAGCUGGAGCAUCCCCAGGGAUGGGCAGUCUGCAGCUCUCUGGGCUCUGUCCCACUGCUGACCACCCUCACUGUGAGGAUUUUUUCUCCCUCUCUCUAAGCUGUUGCUUGUUUUGCCCUUCACCCCUAUAAAAACCCUUCAGCUGCCAGCCUGGCUCGCUGCAGAUCCCGAGCUCCCACAUUCCAGAGCCUGGGAGCAGCAUUCCCACUGUUCCCCACAAGCCCAAGAGCACCUACUGCACUUUAGGAUCAGGGUAGCAAACGAUUUUGCUCUCCAAAAUCCCUCCCCAAUGUCUCCCCUAAKUGAUACGAUGACAGAGUUUAUUCUUAAUAGAAGUAAAUGUCUUUUUAUAUAAAAUUUCCUGAGUGCAUCACCAGCAUUAUUUAUUGAUUACAGCAUUUAGGGUUUUAACAGAGCGUGUUAAAUUACAACACCCAGAACCAGUGGCUGCUAAUUCACAGCAGGGUGAAAAAAUAACUCCAAAGAUGGAUUUGGGGAGCACUUGUGAAAAAAACUGAAGCCUCCUGGUCCCACAGGGCUCUGUGCUCAACCCAAAACCUCUCCCUGAGCAGCAGAGCAGAGUGGCCCUGGCUUAAACAGGACCUGCUGGGCUURGAGAUUCCUUGGGAAGCAGCAAGGAGAGGGGGAAAUGGAAAUAGAAAAUAAAAAACAGACACAAAAGCCUUAGUUUUAACACAAACAAACCAAGAGUCUUUGUGGGGAGGGAAGAAAAACCAAACCAACUAAAAUUCAAUACAGAAUCACAGCCUGGGAAAAGCAAACCUAAAAAAUGCCAGCCAGUAUUAAACUAAAAGCUCUUAAAUAAAGAAAAACAAUAUAAAUAUUUUAAAAGUUGAAGUGAAGAGCGGGGCCAGGGAGAUAUUAAAUAAAAGGUUUUUCAUAUACCCUCCCCAUGAUUUUCAUAAGAGCAAGUGAAAAUAAUUUUCACCUCUGACAAGGUUUUAUGGCAAACUACAGAAGUUUCUGCCAUUUGAUUGCUUUUGCCAGUUAGAAAAAUUCUCUAAAUGCUUUGGCACAACUGAUGUUGGGUAGCUCCUGGAAGCAGUGAAACCCUCUCACCACAGGGCACCACUUUUUGUACAUAAUUCACAUUUGACACCUCUCCUGCAAAAGCAUCUGCUGUGUCUGUUGUCCCUCGUGGGUGAUGUUCUAGAAACAUCCCUGACCCACGAGCAGCUCUGAGUGUGCUGAUAUCCCACCUGCAGCCCAGCAUUCCCUGCUGUUUUAUGGCAAACUGUGAACUCCAAGAUAGKAUUUAUUUAUUUUGAUUUCUGUUAGAAUGGCUUCUGCUGCUGAAAACAAAACUACCAGUUUGAGGAUACACUUUAUGGUUUGGGAUAUGGUACCGAGAGCAGUCCCUGGCCCUCACCAGCACAGGGAACAACAAUUCCAGUUUUAACAGUUUAUUUAGCUGUCCCACCAGUGAAUGCCAAGCAAACAUCACUGUUGCUCUGAUUUGAAAAUACCAUGUCCAGCAUGAUUGCCUAGGAACAGGUAUUUUGUUAUCCAUCCUUGGCUCUGCUUUGGGAGCCACUCGUGGAUUUUCAGUUUUAAUGGGAAGUUAUCAGGUUUCCACUCACACAAGGAGAUAAUAAAACAGCAUUCACCCCUAUUUUUGGAAGAUUAAAUGAUGUAGCCUUAACAGAGAAGCGUUAUCSUGCAUACUGUGUAUUUUCCAAACAAGAGUUAGUGCCUACAAAGUUCAUUCCAGCUGUUGUGAUACUCAGGGCCUUGCUUAUUGUGUGUAAAGCCAUCAGAGCAGAGCUCCUGCGGCAUCGUUGUGCUGUGCUGUGCUGUUUGACACUGUCCUUCAGUCACACUGAAAUGUUCUCUUGUUUACUGGUUCUGUCUGUCACCAUUAAAAAGUGAUUUUAUCGUGCAGAGGA